AUGAGCAACGUUUAUUUCGACGUUACCGCUGACAAUCAGCCACUUGGCCGAAUUAUUUUCAGGCUCUACGACGAUGUUGUCCCAAGGACCACAAAGAAUUUCCGUGAGCUUGCCACCGGCGAACACGGUUUUGGAUACGCUGGAUCCCCAUUCCAUCGUGUCAUCCCAGGCUUCAUGCUCCAGGGAGGUGAUUUCACCAAGGGUAAUGGAACUGGUGGAAAAUCAAUCUACGGAGAGAAGUUUGCAGAUGAGAACUUCAAGUUGAAGCACGAGAAGCCAUUCCUCCUCUCCAUGGCCAACGCCGGAAAGAACACCAACGGUUCUCAAUUCUUCAUCACCACUGUCGUCACCAGCUGGCUCGACGGUGCCCACGUCGUCUUCGGCGAGGUCGUUGAGGGAUCGGACGUUGUCAAGGCUAUUGAGAAGCUCGGAUCUUCCAGCGGCAAGACUAGCAAGAAGAUUGCCGUCUCUGCCUCCGGCACUGUUUAA